UACGAAUUCUACACAAUUUCCAGGGUUAGAAUCAGAAGUUACCAAGCUACAUCUGCAAAAUGGAUCUCGCUCAGAAGCACGGCCACCUUAAGACCGAGUCUCGGAACCCCUUGGAGUCGCAGCAGCCACAUGUGGACAAUCAAAGCGAGGUGAAUAACCUCCUAGGAAGCUUCGGCCACCCCCAGAACGACCACCCCGAUCGGAGAUCUAGCGGCGCCGGCAACAUGGGAAACCUGGUACAGAAGGCGCGAGAGAUGACUGGACGUAACUCUGGCGAUAUCUCCGACCGAAAGAAUUCGCAAUCUGAGGCGGGAUUUGAUGGUGUUCGAGAACAGCGAUGAUUUUCUGGGUUUUGGCUGAAGUAUAUCUAUUCAAAGUCAUGGUGGGAGAUUUGAUGUGUUUAUAUAUAUGAUGAGUUAUAGAUACCAUGUUCGGAUAUGCACAUAUAGUUGGUG